AUGAGACUGAUCAUUGCAGUCACCACCCGUAACCCAGCAGCAGACACGGACCGCAUCAUGAACUCUAUGAUCAGAAACCUGAGCGACAAGUGCAUCUCCGCGCUCACGGGCUUUCUCAAGCAACGCUUGGAAGAAGGCACAGUGCCGUCUAGUCACCUAUCUUACCAUAAGCGUACGUAUACAGGCGAGAAACCCUACAAAUGCGAAAUAUGUGAAAAAUCGUUUCGGCAUUUUCAUACCCGAGACAGCCAUAAUGCACACAUAGUCUUGAAACCCUACCAAUGCCGUAUUUGCGAAAAAUCGUUCAGGCGGUCCAGUAAUCUAGAUAUCCAGAAGCGCAGUCAUACAGGCGAGAAACCCUACAUUUGCGAAACGUGUGGUAAAUCAUUCGCCCACCAGGCGACAUUCUCUCUACAUCAGCGCACUCACACAGACGAGAAACUAAAACAUUUUAACCAAAUAUGAACUCAAGAAGCAUCUCAACUCGCAUAGUAGGGACACAACAUUCCUUGGCGAAAUAUGUAAUUGCACCUUUGGGAAAACUCGGGUCUCGGUCAUCACCGCCAAAGUAUGCACGGGGACAAAGCGCCGUGCGAGUAUAUGCUGCGUGGAUUUCGUUUGGCAGAGAAAGAAACCAUCGAUGGACAUCUGUGUCAGAAUAAUACGUGCUGCUUAAGUGGAAAUUCAUUUGGAGACGAAGUUAAACUGCUUACACACCUCGUUACGCAUAGGGAUAUGCAGCCGUAAUAUUCUGACUAGUGCGCAAGUUAAGUAAGAGAAGCCCUGCAGAGAAACCAAGCUGACAUUCUUUGACAGCAGUGAGCACUAAAUAAACGCAUCGUGCGCAGAGACGGGCUUCUUUCGACGUUUAAAAUGGCUGAGUAAAGUGCACGAUUUGAACGAUACCCCCUGGUUUCUCGAAAUUACGAGACAAGACGUCGUCACCAGAAGUAAUCGGGGUGCUUCAAUGUCGAAGUAUACUGCAGAUCCUGGCCAGCGCUUACUGUUUGCAUACCUGCAUGUGUUGUCCGCGAACGCAGCGUUAGCCAAGACAAACCCUCAACGGCUGCAAGUUUGUGUUUUGUGUAAGUAGAAAGUCGAAUCGCCCGCAUAAGAUUCUUGACUCCCCAUUUGGUGAGAUUUUUUUUUCUUUUUGCAGGCGUUUUGACAGUGAGCAUGUAAACAAGCUCUAAUAGACCCUAUGCUUAAUGAUCUGGCAUUGUGGAUAAAGGGGAACAUCUCUCAUUGAUAAGCAUUAAAAAAUGGAGGCACUGCUUUUUUUUGGCAAUUCACAAGUCUCUUUGGCUCGUGUAUUCAUACCGAAAAUAUUUGUUGUAUAACAUAAACUAAACUGAUAAAUGUAGUCAGACUGCAUUAUAUUUAAAUGAUUUGGAGCUUCGCUGUGUCAUCUGUCCUCCCACUACGAAAAUUGUUAUUUGUUUUAUUCUGUAAAGUUUUAAAGCGCAGUCUUUGAUCCACUUGUGCGCCGACUGUUAUGACUCGUGCUGUUCUCUAGUUACAGCUGUAGAACCUCUUUAUCCCUAUGUGACAAGCGCAUCUGUGCGAGCAAUUACAGGAAAACUGAGAUGCAGUUUUUAGCCGUAUUGACACGCGUACUUGUAUAUAUUCUUCCUGUGAAUGCGGUUCACCACGUACAAGGGGUCCUACACAAAGCAAACCUGUUUUAGCUCAGGCAAUACAGUCUGUUACAGUGCCAAGCCUCUCACGUCCUAGGGCACAUUUCUGGAUCUUUGCCUGACUACUCAUCCUUGGCGUGUCCAAGACGCACGAGUAUCUUUAAUCUUUAGAGUAUCUGUGUUUAAUACAUGACCAUUGUUUUCAGAUAGUUCUACUCGCCUGCAAAGGCUACAUUUAGGCUCUACAGGGUGUAAUGAAGAAACAAGACUUUUAAUUGUCACUCCACCGACCGUAGUUUGUGUCUUCAAGUUUAACGUCAUAGACCACCAAAAGCACCAGUGGUCAAUUCCUGCCAAUCUAGGGGCCAAAUCGAGCGUUAAAUAUCGAAAUGUAGCAAGUUCACGCUCAGAUUGUGCCAAUCGCAUUAAUAUAAACGCAUGAUUUAGCUUGCCGAACUCUCAAUUGGCAAAAACGUGCUUUGUGAUCCCGUAAAGGCAGUCGCCCGUUUUCACCUCCAUUGUCCGCCUACUUGCAGUAAUGCUACUGGAAGAAGAGGAAGGGAAGAAGGAUUUUGCAUUGUCUGUAGCAAUGUUUGCAGCAGAAAGAGUGACUUACAUGGUCUCGUCAACGAACACACGGGCGGUAGAGCCUACAUUUGCAAAGCAUGUGAUCAGUCUGCUGCGAAGAUGCAUGAGUUUGUAGAACAGUGCCCGAACAGUACUGGCAAAAACCACCAAUGCGCAACCGGCGGUAAACUGUUUUACCGGGCUGGUCACCUAGGCAAACAUUACCUCACACAGACAAGAGACCCUUCAAAUGCCCUAUAUGUGAUAAUAAACGAGAAGAGAGGGGAUUAACCGAGGGUCCCGAUUUUUAUUAGUCAUAUCAUAAGAAGCCAACAAACACUGACACCAAGGACAACAUAGGGGAAAUUACUUGUGCUUCAUAAAUGAAAAAAAGAAAUGAUAAAUCAAUGGAAAUUAAAGUGGAUGAAAAAACAACUUGCCGCAGGUGGGAAUUAACCAUCCUUUCAGUGACUGUCUGAUUCAAAUGGUUUGGAGCUUAACUAUAUCUGUUCUCUUUCUACAAAAUUUUUUAAUUCAUGUUUUAAUGUGGUGGAACCUAUUCCGGGUUUAAAGAGCAGUUGAUAUCCCCUAGGAAGUCGCAUGUUUUUCUCGGCCUGCUCUCUUGUUAAAGGUAUAAAAACUUCACUGUAUGGUGUGACAAACGCAGCCGUGGGAACAUUGACAUGACAAGAAAGAUAGAGUUUUUAGGUAUAUUGAGACGCGUACUUGUAAUCUCGUUGCUUUGAACGCGUUUUAACCGCUAACGAAUCUUAUGUUACUGCUCCGCAGAGGACGCGGCUGCGUGUAUCAGAACAUUCUCGAGAUUCCUCGGUCGUUAUGACUUUCGUGUGUGUUGUUGUCGAACCCUUUAUAUUUGAAUUGCACGGACGACGCGAGUAGAGAUUCGUCUUCCUAAAGGCACGCUACCACCAGCGGUGACGAUGGAAUCUUAGACGAAUCACGUGGGAAUAGCCGAUACUCAUUAGCCACAAACCACGUUUUGGGUGACCGACGCAUGU